AUGGCCCCCGCAACGGGCCCAAUCGUUGCUGGUUUCUUCGUCCCCGUGAAAGGCUGGCGUUGGAGUCUGUGGGAGAACUACUGGCUUUCAGCUCCUGUGUUCCUCCUACUGCUCUUCUGUCUCCCCGAAACCUCGAGCGACAACAUCCUACUUCGACAUGCGGCUCGACUUCGCAAAGUCACUGGCAACGCAAGUAUCAGGUCCCAGUCAGAGAUUACCCAGCAGCACAUGUCCGCCAAGGAGAUGGCAUUCGAGGCCUUGGUCAAGCCAUGGGAAAUGAACAUUCUCGAACCUGCGGUCUUACUUACGACGCUAUAUGCAAGCUUAUGCUACGCCAUCUUUUACACCUUUUUCGAGGCCUUCCCAUUGGUCUUCCCAGCGUUGUACAAUUUUAGCUCUGGCGAGUCUGGGCUCGCAUUUCUCUUUAUCCCGAUUGGAGUCGAACUCACUAUUCCGGUUUGUCUCGCACACUAUGCCUAUUAUGUUGAACCAGGACUGCUUAAGAGCGGUACCCCAGAGCCUGAAGUAUGGUUGAAACCAGGUCUUAUUGGUAACUUCCUUGUGCCGAUUGGGCUCUUCAUCUUUGCACUCUCCUCUGUACACUGGAUCGGUCCCCUCAUAGUAGCCGUUUGCCAAUCGGGAUCCUAUAUCGUUCUGAACAUUCUUUUCACCUUCAUUCCCAACAUAUACCCAAAGUACGCGGCUUCAUUAUUUGCCGCAAACGACGCAGCGCGUAGCACCCUCACCGGAGCAGCAAUUUUGUUCGGACCGCCACUGUUCGUUAACCUUGGCGUUGGAGGAGGUGUCAGCUUCUUAGCUGGUCUGGCAUUACUCUGCUCUGUCGGCUUUUACGCUCUCUACUAUUUCGGCGGGAACUUGAGAAAGAGAAGUAGGUUUGCCGUCGCAUAA